ACUGUCACAAUUUAUAACCAUCUGCCGACCAAAAAAGACGAAAACUUUCAGUUAAUGAUCGUUCGUCAACAUAAAUUGUUGUACAAAAUUCAAAGAAGAAACGGACUACGCUUUUACGACGCGAUUACAGUAAUAACACACCACAAAAACCCACCCACAUUUGGCGAUUAAAUUAUUUGUAACACCAAUAAUCAUCCCUCGAUCCCGGCGAUUUGCGUGAAGUCGAUUCGAAAUGGAAGUCGGCGAGGGUCAAGGCUUGGUCAUCAAAAUGGCCCAAAAGAACAAGGAGACUCAAACGGUGAAGAUUGUGGCCGGCGGAGGAAUGGCUCCAAAUUGGUUCAAUGCAGCGGCGUAUACUGCGACCGGUGGUCCAUUCACAGGACAUCCAUUGGCAGCAGGACCGCCAGCUAUGCAACACCAUCCCAUUUCCUGCCAAUUCUACAUGGACAGGGAGGAGCAACUCUACCGGCGCGCCUGCCAGAUGAAAGGUAUCCGGGUGGAGCGAUUGAACGAAAUUCGCGAAGAAGAGGACGACUCUGUUGGCUCCGAGGAGGAGCCCUCGAAGGUCAUCUACCGCUAUACCCUUGACGAGAUGAAAAGCUACAAUCCGUAUCGUUUCAUCAACUUUUAAGUUAUGUCCCGGCAUCGCCACCACAAUAUCCCAAACCCUUAGCGUAAUCAAUUCACAAACAGUAACUCCCACCAUAACAACCACAACAUUAUCAUCAAUGUCGCAUCGCCUGUCCUCGAGAACAAGAUUAGUAUUCCUUAGUAACUUCCUUAGCAUUAGACUUAGUAUUAGCGCCUGUAUUAGGAUUAGAUUGUAUAACCUGUAUAGUGUAUACCCAACAAGAUGCUCGGCCGACUCGACACUUGGCACACGGAACAUAUGCAUGCCUCCUUCAAACAAUUACGGGAACCACAUCCAGUACAACAGGAACAGCCAGAACAGGAUUCACAACGGGAAAAAGGACACCAAUGGACACCGAUUGUUUGCUUGUUCAUAUACCACCUUCACAACCAGCACCCCCACCACCAGCACAACAACUCCCCGUACCAUCGAAUCUACUACUCGUAUCAUCACCCCCCGAUCAAAACAAUAAAAAAUUGUUCAUAAACGGCCGCCAGCCCUGUCGACCAAA